CUUUGUUAUCACUUUUUUGUGUUUAUAGAUAAAGGUUAUAUUUUUUAACAAUAUUUGUAGGGUACCCGAAAAACAGUUUUUCGAAAAUUUUGACUCUGUUAAUGCGCAUGCGCCAAAAAUAAUUCAGGGGGCUGCAUUGCCGCCACAAGCAAAUACAGUUAGUCGGAAGUGAUUUUCCCGAUAAACCAUUCCGAAGGAACAAAAAUUAGUUAAAGUGAGUUUUUACCGAAAACUUUAACUAAAAAACAUUGUUCGUAGUCGUGCUGUGCUGAAAACUCACCCCAGGUACGAAUUUUCCAUUUUUCAGUGCAAUCCAUUCAUUUAUUUUUGUUGUUUAUUCGUAAACAUAAACAAUAUAAACUGACAAAUAAUUCAAUAAAAAGUUGUGGAAACGUCUUGUUUUCCCAAUUAAGGUGUUCAAUGACUGGUACCUAUUGCGAGUUUUGGAAAUUUUUUUUGGAAAAUUAUUUUUUUCAAAAUUGUGAAUUGCGUGAAUCUCAGUAUGCUAGUGUCAUUUUAGUUAAAAACCCCCUAGGAAGUCUUUCGGCUUGAGAAAAUCAAGCCAAAAUGACCAGUAAUAACCUGAUUAUCCGAAGUGUUGUUCAGUGCAAAACCCCCUUGCUUGAACCGAAAUCAGUCGAAGAGCCCCCCACGAAACGUCAAAAAAUUAUUCACGGUUAUGCCCUCCCUCAAAUUGCCAUCAAAAGCGAGGAGAAAAAUUGUAGCAAGUCCUGUAACGAGGUGUUACUCGUAAAUGGAUGUUGGGAUACUUCAAACAGGAUCCCUAAUAUCGUCGCCGAAAUGCAUAAUAUACACAGUGAGGAAAUUAAAGCAUUACAAACCUGCUCGUUCAAUGAAUCGCGCGAUUUCCUCAAUCCAAGCCCCAGAGGAUCGGACAGCGGCAUCGAGUCCGAUUGCACCGAUGGAAAUCUUUCAUGGCUUUUGAAUUACCGAAUUCAUGAAUUGCCGCCGGUGCCAGAUACGUCUGCAGAGACUUUAAAUUAUCACGCUUCCUUAUCGAAUACUCCAGACAUAAUAAUAAGAACCGGCAAUUCUGCCGAGGUAUUAUCAAGCGAGUUAUCAAGACUAGUGGCUACAAAGCCCCCUUUGCGAGACUCCUACAGCCCCAAAAAUCAGUCAUAUCGUUACGCCGGCCCCAAAAAGCCCCCUUUCACCUACACGGAGCUCAUCGAGCACGCCUUGAGCGAAAAGGGCGAAUUGACGGUUUCGGGGAUUUACCAGUGGAUAUCCGAGCAUUUUCCCUUCUAUAAGCAAAAUGAUGAUCGUUGGAAAAAUUCGGUCCGGCAUAAUCUCUCCAUAAACCCGCAUUUCCGGAAGGGGAGUAAAGCGGUGCAUGGGGCCGGUCAUUUGUGGACCAUUGCCCAAAAGGACGAUAAGAAAACGUGGCAAAUCAAACAGAGAAUGCAGCAAUUUAUCCAAGCCACUUAUAAAGAGAACAGGAAUUCGGAGCAAGAGGCGCUGGAUAUGGAGCUACAAGCGGCCACUGCGAGCAUCCUGGGAGAAUCGUUCAACGAAUUUGACCCAAAUGAUGCCGACGAGCGGAAACAAAACAUCGAAGUCGAGUUUAUCAACGUGGUGGACAUCCAAAACGGACUCGAAGAUUUCCUUUCUCCUCCAGUAUCCAAACAACAGAUCGUCCAAGAGUGCGGUUUGGGUAACGAUUUUUUGAUCACCGAUUUAAAUCCCAACACUUUGGGCCUAAAUUUAACCGAAGGCGAAGUCAUUAACGACGGUAGUUUCUACGAUGACAUUUCAUUCGAAUACUACGAACUCGAAAAAGAAUAGACUGGCGUAAAUUAGGAUUUUCGGUAUAGAUUGUUUUAAGUGUACUUUGCUGUCAGGUUUGAUGGCGUUUUAUCUAGUCCGUCCAGUGAAUUAAUGAGAUUUAUUGAACAUAAUUGUAAUUAUUUUUAUACAAUCAUUGCAAUGAUUGAUUCCCUAGCAUGUAGUUCUUUCAGAAAUAAAAGAACAUUCCGUAAUUUUAAA